AUGCCAUUCAGAAACUCACUUGCAGCCAUCGGCGAAAAAGUUGACUCACCCAGUGCCGACUCUGAUAUUGACUCUACCAUCUCUCUUCCAACAACGGAAGGAUUUGAGGGAAGAGCCAGCUCCUCUCUCCAGGGGCGACGGACCCGGUCUUCCCACGUUCGCAGCAGUGAUCCUGAGGCAGUGCUGGCACUCACCGACGACGUCCUUGGGGUCGCCAGAGGUUUGUUUGCCCUGGUUGACGCCAAGUAUGCAGAGGAGGAGCUGCUGGAGGUCCAACCUGCGGGAGACGAAUUCGAGGUUGCCGACUGCCUCGAUGACGCGCGAUGUCUGAACGACGUUACCGCUGCGAAGAAGAAACUCAAUUAUUUCAAAGCUCGACUGAGAAUUGCUAAAGCACAGGCGGUCGUGGCUGAGAACCGGCUCAAGACGGCACAAGCUCAAGUUGCAUUUGCAGAGGAUCGCGUCAACCUCGCUAUCGACCAGCUUGAGUCUGCCCUCGGUAAAUAG